CGCAAGGGAAGCAAGAGCAAGACACAUACUAAUAUAAGUACGGAACCUACUUGAGUUCUAUCGAUUAGCUUAAGUUCCUCGUUCUCAGUUUUAAUUAGAAAUGGCUAAGAUAAGGAGUAUUACUAGAGACCAGAAUCAUGAUGAUGCAUCUAUCAGGAAGAAGAUCAAGACUUGUGAUCCUUGGUCGGAUCUUAACCAUGAUGUGCUUUACUUAAUUAUGAUGAAACUUGGAGUCAUUGAUUUCAUUGCAUUUAGUGGAGUUUGCAAGUCAUGGAGAUCGUUUGCAGUCUGUAACAAGAACUAUUUUAUGGUGUCCAAACCACCCAUGUCCAUAUCUAUCUCUACCGAUGCUGAUGAGAAUAAGUGCUACUUAGAGGAAUUUGAAGGAAGAAAGUUAAAAAUCAGCCUUCCUCAUUCUGAUUAUAAGACAUGUGUUGGAGUAAGUUGUGGUUACUUGAUUCUGUUUGGUGAAAAAAGCAACGACUUUUGGCUUGUGAAUCCUAUCACAAGACAUGAAUUUCAUGCCCCUUUCUCAUUCCGUAAUGUCAGCUUCUACUCUCCUUGUCUCGGGGCUAUUCUUGUCUUUUCACCUUUAAUAUCUGGGUGGGUGUUUGUUGUGUUCGCUAUAUACUAUCACAAAAUAUGGUUUGUUAUUGCUAGUAAACAAGAAUGGACUUAUGUCUCCAGCCCUUUCCGCAUCCUUGAUUUACAUGCUUUCAAGGGGAAGAUAUAUACCCUACACCCCAUUAAUCGUUUAAGUGAAGUGAGACUUUUUCCUACACCAAAAGUGACGUUACUUAAAAUCAAGAAUUCUCCGAUUCCUGACUUCAAUUAUCCUGCAUUUGUAAGUUUUGGUGAAAAUCUUUAUGUGAUGGAUCGAAUUUCAGAACAUCUGAGCAACAUUCAAGAAAUAAAUUUCAGCAAAAUGGAAUGGGUGUCACGUGAAAAGACAGGAGAAGAAUAUGCAUUCUUUCUUCGCAACCCUGAGCAAGGUGUUGGUUUUAUACGAAUAGAGUCAUGGGCUGAUCUUCACUCACAAUACGGGAAAUAUUAUUUUCCUUGUAAAAGUGGAGAAGACAGGUUCUUUUUGGCAAAAAUGUGGUACUUCUUCCAUGAUUGUUUUGAUGCUAGUUUUCUACAUCAGUCAGUGAAGACUUGUUAGCAUGGUUAUGCUAGAACAUUGUCAAGAAUCUUGAGAAUCUGUCAACAUCGGUUGUUUUGCAUCUUGAACUUUAUUUUAUAAACGGAUUGUUUUGCUUUAGUGGGCACGACUAUAACUUCCUUCUCAAUUUAUAUUCUCUUUAAUUUCCUUUUGUGCCAGAUGCAUUAUGUGUAGCUUAUUAUUAGCAUGUUGUUAUGAUGGUGUGAAUUAAAAAUUUUACAAAUAUUUGCACUAAUGUUUAGCUCAUGGUAAAAUUCUUGUUGAUUCCUAUUUACAAAAUGCAUUAUAGUCCUUUAUUGAAACCUUAUUUGGCAAAACGUGAGGGAUAUUUCUAAGAUGUAAGUGUGUUCUGGAUGUGUGGAAUUUAAA